AUGUCGAUUGGCUUCACGAUCCCGGUUGUCAUGUUAUCUCGUGGUCCUCUAUCCGACGCCCAUAGCAUCGGAAUGAUCAUCGUCAGCUUUGCGUUGACCGGAACGUUCAACACCAUUUGGGCCUACUUUGUGGCGCUACUAAUCCAGUGCCUCAUGGUCCGCUACGACAAGCAUUUGUGGCUUGGCCGAGAAAUUGAUGAGGAAAAGGGGGAACAGCAACAGGUUUCGGGACUCAGCACGCCGCGUAAAUCCCUGUGCGAAGGAACUCCCAGGGGCAGUUCCCUGACAGUUCGGCUGGAUUCCGGAAGAGAAUCACCCUUGGAACGAAACAACUGUACACCGGAACCUGUCUACAAUUCCUCCCCGGAAACAGACACACCGUCACGCUGGACUUACCUGCGGACCUGGGCCCUGCGCAACCCUGUGCUCCUGCUCUGCUGGCUCUCGACCCUCACAGUGGGCGUGCCACUCCGCUGCGCCUCCCAGAACGACGCCGCCUUGGCCACCACCCUCCUGCUUUCCCUCUGGCUCACCACGCUGGCGAUCCAGUCCGGCAUCAAAUCCAGCCCGCGCCUGGCCCCCUGGCUCCGCACCCUCCUGUCCGGGUUCUUCAACCCCGUCCUGUGGACCUCCCUCGCCAUGAUAGCCUACGUCUUCGCCGACAGCGCCCUCAGCGGCCGGCCGCUGCCCGCCAUGCUCGACACCCUGCAGACGCACACGCCACUCUCCACCCUGAUCCUACGCGCCGCAUCAUCAUCAUCCUCCUCCUCCUCCUCCUCCUCUUCCUCCUCCCCCACCACCGGCACCCCAUCGACGUCACCACCAUCACAGCCUGGAAUGGCAGCAGGCGACGUGGCCAUCUCGCUGCUCAACGCGGGCCUGGUGGCGUGGGGGUUCAAGCUGUACGAGCACCGGUCGGCGCUGCUGUCGCGGGCGGGCCUGGGCGCCUGCGGCGUGUGCGGCGCGCUGGCGCUGGCCAACGUGUGCGGCGGCCCGCUGCUGGCGGCGCGCGGGCUCGGGGUGCGCCCGCCCGCCCGGGCGCUGGCGUUCGCCGCGCGCAGCGUCACCAUCGCGCUGGCUAACCCGGCGCUGGACAUGCUCGGCGGCGACGAGGGGCUCAACGCCGCCAUGGUCGUCGGCAGCGGGAUUGUGUACCAGAUGGGGUUGGGGUUUGGGGUCGGCAGGUGGUUGGAGGACGGGGUCGCGCAUGGUGACACAGAGACAGAGACAGGGACACGCACGGGGGCGCCGCCGGCCCGAGACACCAGCGGGACCCGGCCGGAGGCGGCGGCGGCUCAGCAGAGAGCGAACGACCCGCUCACGGUGGCGGCGGGGGUUACGGUCGGAGUCAAUGCGGCGGCGAUGGGCACGGCAUACUUGUACGAGACGCAGAGCGAGGCGGCGCCGUACGCUGCGCUGUCAAUGAUUGCGCUGGGAGUCAUGACGGUGGUGUUUUCGAGUAUUCCGCCGCUAGCCCGCUGGGUGAUGGAUGGUGUGGUAGUGUGA